AUGGCUUAUUUGAUAUAUUCAGUACAUGAAGAUAAGCGUGAACCUGGGCAUUCUGGACAUAAAGGACAUGAGCAUGACGGAGAUGAAGAUUGGUGGAAGAGAGAUCCUGGACAUGGGCAUUACGAACAUAAAGGGCAUGAGCAUCACGGACAUGGAGAUUGGCGUAAGAGGGAUCCUGGACAUGGGCAUUAUGAACAUGAAGGACAUGAGCAUCAUGGACAUGGAGAUUGGCGUAAGAGGGAUCCUGGACAUGGGCAUUACGAACAUGAAGGACAUGAGCAUCAUGGACAUGGAGAUUGGCGUAAGAGGGAUCCUGGACAUGGGCAUUACGAACAUGAAGGACAUGAACAUCACGGACAUGGAGAUUGGCGUAAGAGGGAUCCUGGACAUGAAGGACAUGGGCAUCACGGACAUGAAGGACAUGGGCAUUACGAACAUGAAGGACACGAGCAUCACGGACAUGGAGAUUGGAAGAAGAGAGAUCCUGGAUAUAAAGGAGUUUAUUAUCUAGUAUCUGGACCUUAG